AGUUACAAAAAUCUUUUGGCCACAGCAGCUUCUCGAAAAAAUAUUUUCCCGAAUUUCCAUCGAUUUAGUGCAAAUUUUCGCAAUUCUAGGACAACGAUAAAUGGCCCACCGUUGCACGUUUCGAAGGCGGAUGCAGUGAACACCGAAAAUAAUCCUGGUAAAAUGAAUAAAACGCGAAUAAAAAUGAAAGGAGGUUAGGAAUGUGGGCAGUCGCCCAAACAAGUACUGGAAAACAGAAUGAGAUGAUGCACAUUGAGUCAUGGCAGAAUUUUUGCCGCUAUGCGAUCUCCUAUUCAACGUAGUAUCGCUAGCCGCAUACUUCUGCGAUCUGGUCUUCGAUUUGCUGGUAGUCUACGCCUUGUACCAACGAGGCCUCACCGCUCUACUAGUUCAGUGCCUUUGCGCCAUAAUCCUCACAAUGCUAGUCUCACAGAUAUUAUCCAUAAAAUGGUACCUAGCCAAAAAGCCCGCCAAUUUAAUUCGGUUAGUUGUCGUUGCGUUACAUUUGUUCCAAAUGGGCGUAUUGUGGCGAUACGCUCGACUCUUAGUACCUGUUCAUUUGCCUAGUGUUAAACAAGAAGUGAGAGAUCUUUGUAUAUUAAGGCUGGUCCAUGGGUUUUUACAGGCGGCACCCAUGUUACUUUUGCAACUUAGUUUAUUAGCAGAUUCUACAAAUAGUCACGGAGUCCCUAGUGAUUUGGUAACAGUUUCAGCCUCGCUAUCGCUAUUUUCAGUAUGUUGGUCGCUAGCUUCGUUUAGUAAACAUGUACAAAGUGUUGAUAGAUUAGUAUUAACAUGGCUAGGUGUUGUUUCGCAACUUUUGUGGCGAGCUGGCACUGUUACCUCAAGAGCCCUGGCUUUAUCAGCUUAUGCUGCAACUUACCAUUCUUGGAUAUUUUUAGUUUUAGCCUUGCAUUGGUCCUGCAUGUUUCUAUGGCUAUUAAGUCCAAGAAGUCCCUUUCAUGGUCAACGAGGACGUAAAUUAGGAGUGUGUGCAAUGGUUGCAGCUAUUUAUGUGCUGGCAUAUAUUAAUUUACAAGGGAAACCUCACGGAAGAACUAUGAUUAUAUUUUAUGUGGUGAUGUUGCUGGAAAAUUGCCUUCUGGUCAGUGCCUGGCUGGCAGCCACUUGGAAUUAUCGACCGGAAAGAUGGGAGACAGUUCCAAUUUUAACAGUCGGCCUAUUCUUUAUUGGCUUAGCAUUCAUGCUUCUCUACUAUCGUUAUUUUCACAUUAGAAGGCUUAUAGAAAAACCAGCAGCCCCUUCAGCGACUCCAGGGGGUGGAGUGUUCAAUUGUCGCUUUGGAGGCUGCACUGGGCCUAAUUCAGCCUCUGCAUUGUACAGAAAAAAGAAGAAACCUACUACAUUUAUACCGCCUCCUUCUAAUGCUAAUGGAACUGCUGCCCCUUUGGGGCCAGUGUCGGUACCUUUUUGGCGAAGGCCUUUACCUUCGAGUAGUGAAAAUGAAGGAAGUAGUGUUGGGUCUAGGGUGAAUAUUCAUCAAAAACUACAAGAAAAGAAGCAAAAACAGUUGGCUGAGUUGAAGAUAAUUGAAGAAGAAAUCAAACAAGGUAAACUUGUUGGUCCAGAGGGCGCUGACUUCGACAAUCGCCAACCAAUCCCGAGAGCCAAAAAACAUGUAGAACCUCAACUCUUGAGUUUAGCUUCUCUGAAUAAUCUAGCCAGCUAUGGGGUGAACUUGAACAGAAGACCGCCCCCGAGAGCUCCAAGAAAUCGCACGCCAGAACUUCUGCUGACACCUCGUUACUUGUACUGCGAUUGUGUAAGUGGCUCUGGUGGAGCUAUUAUCAACGGUCCAGCAGCGCCUGAAGCUGCUGAGCUGGUUGGCGGUAAUAAUGGGGUGUCGCAUCAUUCAGUCGGUUCCGAUUUGGAGAGUCAGGUGUCGCUGCCUAGGUCUUAUACUUUGCCUAGAGAGUUCAAGUAUUAUAGGAGACAAAGACUGGGCAGACCGAUACAACCAGUAGCCUCAACCAAUAGCAGCGACGGUGACGUCGACAGCGCAGACGAUGAAUCUGACAGUAAUCCACCUCCCCCAGCUUUAGUACGACCUCUAAGGAGGCCUUAUAGACACGAAACUCAGUUGUGACAGGAAAUAUUUUACAGCUUUUUGUUUGGACUGUACAGAUCACAUCACAAUGUGACUAAAUAUUUAUAGUGUGAUAGAAAAUCCGUCUAAUUAAUUUAUAAAAAUUAUAGCCAGGGUUCUAUAGAGAUGUUGUAGAGUAUAUUGUUUUUUGUACAAAGCCAUUCUUUU